AACAGAUAAUAAUGUCUGUAUCUUUUAAAGUUUUAAAGCAGUAUCCAGCAUGUCUGCCAACACCCCAACACCUCAGCUUUUACUUCACACAGUCUUGUUUUUGUCCCGUAGCUUCUUUAGAGUAUUCUGGGCUUUUAUUUUAAAUGUGGAAAUAUACAAGAAUGUUGUAGAAAUGGAUAAAGCCCAAACACAUCUCUGCAUUAAGAAUCUGUGAUAAUGUGAUGUACAAUGUGAGGAUUGGAUGCUUUUCUCUGUUUUGUAUAAAGAAGAGUGAGGAGUCAUUACGUGUCAGGUUAGGGAGGGAGGCUGGCUGGCCCAUGGGAGGACAGUAGGAAGAUAUCUGGAGACCUGAGACCAACUGAAGCUUUUGUUACCAUGAGGACGAGGCAGGAACGACAAGUGUGCGUCCUUCUUCCAAACAAGCAGCACCUGGACUGUACUGUCAGGGUGAGAGCCAGAGGCCAUGAGGUGUUGAAUAGUGUGUUGAAGCACCUUGGCGUCAGUGAACUCCAAGUCUUUGGUCUGGCUGUUCUCAGAGAUAAUGAAUACCUCUUUCUUGAUUCGGAGCAAAAGCUGAGCAAGUACUUUGGCAAAAGAUGGAACCGAGGAUCCUUAACGGUCCCAUUCAUCUUAUUUCUGAGAGUGCGGUAUUAUGUAGAGAGUGGGCUGCUAAUUCUGAGCAGCAAAGUGCAGCAGCUUUACUACACUGAGCUGAGGCAAAAGGUGCUGCAUUCACAGAGCUGCCAUCAGGAAGCUUUGCUCUUCCAGCUGGCAGCUUCUGCACUUCAAGCUGAAGUCGGAGAUCUGGAGCAGAGAGCAGAGCGGAAUAAUGAAGAGGAGGAAGAGGGGGGAGAAGAGAAAAGACAGGAGAGAAAACACAGACAUUACUUUCUUCCUGAAGAUUACUUCCCCUCUUGGCUGAUAAAGCGUCGUGGACGGGACUUCCUGCUCCAGCACUGCCCAGUGUUACACGGAGAGCUGAGAGGUGUGACACGUAGCCAAGCCGUCCUGCAGUUUAUAAAAGAGGCCAGCAGCCUGCAGGAUGGACCAGUCACCUUCUACAGGAUGAGACAGGAGAAAAAAGAGCUGAGAAGUUCAAUUCUUCUUGGUGUGGCAAUAAAAGGAGUCCAUAUUUAUCAGGAGGUGGGAGGGAAGCAGUGCCAAUUGUAUGUCUUUUCCUGGACCGAUAUUGAACGCCUCACUUUCCAGGGCAGCAGGUUUGAAAUCGCUGCUGUGGGCUCUCUGUGCCUCCCUAAGCUGGGGUAUUACACUCCUUCAGCCACCCACUCCAAACACAUCCUGAGGCACCUCAGUGAGAGUCACCGGUUCCACAUCAUCACCAGAGAUGCAGUUGGCUACAUCCAACAGCUGGAAGACAUGCAGGCCAGUCAGUUCUACAAAGAGGCCUACAUUUGUGACACAACACGCUUGGCACACAGACUCCAGAGCAACAGCCUCACAUCCUCAAUAUCUGACUGCAGUGUUGCACUCGAAACAACCACAGUCUGGUCCAAAGAGGAGGAGGAGGAGGAGGAGGAGGAGGAGGAAGUCACAGAGUAUGAGCUGUGUGUGGAUGAACCAGAGGAGUUAUUUGUCGACAGCCCAGCCGAAUUGUCGUGGUUGGCUGAGCUGUCUGUCGAUGGACCUUUGGUGUUACCCUCUUCUUAUUGGGCAGCUGUCACCAUGGAAAUGAAACAGGUUCUGAAGAGCAGAGCUGAUGAUGAAGGGGUUUCUAUGGACUAAUUUACAGCCAGGGGCAAGAGGGAUUCAAUAAAAGCUCACGACAAGAGCCAUUAUGUUACCGCUCUGAUGCUCACAUCAUAGUUCAGAUUAUGUACCUAAUAUAUACAUUGUGCUGCUUACAACUAUUUCAUUUUAUUUAUAAAUGAAAUUACCUUUUUAUCAAAGUUCAUAUUAUAAAGCCCCUAAACAACCAUGAUCCACCCCCACAGGUCUUCUCACGCAUGGUGUCUAAUUAGACCUCCUCUAAAGACUGUGUGGGAGUGUACAGACUGGGCUUGAUUGACAUCUCCCAUAUGUCAUUUCUAGAACAAAUAUUCCUUUUUUUCCCUUUCUUUACUGAACUGUACCAACAGACAUGCAGCUAUUAUUAAGCAGCUAGAUAGAAGGUACAUUAUUGUAAAUUAUAUAUUAUUAUUAUUAUAAUAUAUAAAUAAGCAAUUAAAAAUACAUAUGGUUUCUUUUGUUUAAGCGUGAAA